GCUUCCAACCUCUGGGGUCCUCCGGGGAAACGUGGGUUAGUCUGGGGUGUAUCCAGGUGCCCUGUCCACUGUGGGCACUCUGGGGAUUCCGGGCCGAGGAAGGGCUCCUGGCACGUGUUGAAAAAGUCGGCAUCCCAGAAGGAAGAUUCUGGGCAGAUGGGCAUCGGGGAAGGUAGUCCCCAACCAAUGGGACCGUUUCUGAGCACAUAAGCGUAUUCAGUGGGUGCUAACAAGCGCCUGCUUUGCCAGGCAACAGUGAGCAAAACCGUCUUUGUUGCCGGCCACCGGAAGCUUCGAGGCUGGGGUUCCGGAUCUGGGCGCGCAAUGACAAACUAAGCGCGGAGGACAGGGCCAGGAGCGCCCACCAGGGCGGCGAUCUGGUGGGUAGGUGCAGGGCAAUGGCUGGAAAGGGUCCCUGAAGCCCUGAGCAGAGACCAAAGGGCCGUGCGACUGCAGGAAGGCCAUUUUGCUUGGCUGACAGGCGGAAAACUCACGUGGCUGGAGUAGCAGGGUUGGUGACGACAAGGGUGAAUCCCACUAAGCAUUGCAACUGUUUGCGGUGUGAGGGGUGAGGGGGAUUCUCAUCAUUCUCAGAAUUGCUGUGGAUAAAGGGUUUUGGGUUGGAGAGAGACUGGGUGCACUCAAAGGACUGAAAGAUGGCGACGACACAUUCCCUCAGAGGAUUUACAUUCUGGAAGGGUGGGGACAGGCCCGGGUACAGAUAAGCCCGCAGGCGGCCUCCAGCUCUUAACAGUCGAAAGUCUGAUGAGUUAUGCCCAGUCUCCUUCCUCCUCCCGCCGGCAUGAGGUUUGGGGCCCUGUGGUUGAAGGAAGUUCAUGGGAGGCAAACGUGCCUGGGCAAGCAACAGCCGCAGAGAUUCAGUCCCCACGGGGGUUAGAAUCCACACUUAGGGCCUCUGCCUACCGCCUCCAGCAAAUGCCAUCUUGAGGACUAGCGGCAGCAGUAGGUCUUCUCUGCCAGAGAACUGGAAGGCCAGGUUCUUGAGGGUACUGUUACUAAGGCGUUUUGUUUGUUUGUUUGUUUGUUUGUUUUUGAAACGGAGUUUCACUCUCGUUUCCCUGGCUGGUGUGCAAUGGCGCGAUCUCCGCUCACCGCAACCUCUGCCUCCCGGGUUCAAGCGAUUCUCCUGCCUCAGCCUCCCUAGUAGCUGCGAUUACAGGCAUGCGCCACCACGCCGGGAUAAUUUUGUAUUUUUAGUAGAGACGAGGUCCAUGUUGGUCAGGCUGGUCUCAAACUCCUGACCUCAGGUGAUCCGCCCGCCUCGGCCUCCCCAAGUGUUGGGAUUACAGCCUGAGCCACCGUGCCCAGCCUUAUUAAGGCUGUUUUGAAGUGCAGUUGGCUGGAAAGUCGAAGAAUAAUCCAAGAUCUGCAUGCCUCAUAAAAGGAGUGCGAAUGGUUUUGAAAGACAGGAAAGGAAAGGGAGAGAGAGGAAAGAGAGAGGAAGAAAGGAAGGAAAUCAAAUUCAUAUCCCAGGAAUGCACCUUUCAUGACAACAUUUUGGAGAUCCAAUUAACUCUAUUCCUCAAGGGCGUUUUUCCUUGCUGGUAUUUUCAGUUCUAUUAACACUUCUCAAAAAGUGAAAGGAAAAAAUAGUCAACAGGGUUUUUUGGUCUUUAUUCUUUUCUUUGUAUCUCUAGUAAGGGAGAUGUGGGUGAGUGGCCGUCAGCAGGAAAAGGUGAGAGUUCAGCUAUGUUUACAUCUGAGCAGGAAAUUUCCAAGGAUGAGCAGGGAACUCCAGUGCUGGGCUCAUUGUGAGCCCUGAAUAAGUGAUUGCUCUUGGGUUGUUAGCAGUAUUCUUCACAAAGAUCUGUGUAUACAGUGGUUCCCCUUAUCCACAGGUGAUAUGUUCCAAGAGCUCUAGUGAACACUUUGUUUUUGUUGUUGUUUGAGGCAGAAUCUCACUCUGUCACCCAGGCUGGAGUACAGUGGCACAGUCUUGGCUCACUGCAACCUUCACCUCACGGGUUCAAGUAAUUCUGCCUCAGCAUCCUGAGCAGCUGGGACUACAGCGUGCCACCACGCCCAGCUAAUUUUUGUAUUUUCAGUAGAGACGGGGUUUCACCAUGUUGGCCAGGCUGGUCUCAAAUUCCUGCCCUGAAGUGAUCCACCGUGCCCCACCCCAGUGGAUACUUUGAAACCAUGAAUAGUACCAAACCCUGUAUACACUAUGGUUUUCUUUUUCUAUACAUACAUAAUAAUGAUAAAGUUUAAUUUACAAAUUAGGCAUGGUAAGAGAUUGACAACAAUAACUAGUAAUAAGAUAGAACAAUUACAGCAAUAUAUUGUAAUAAAAGUUGUAUGAAUGUGGUAUCUCUCUCAAAAUAAUUUAUAUUGUAAAUCUUAGCAACCUCAGCAUAUGAUUAUUUUUUCUUUCCUUAAGACAAGAAUUUUUACCUUUUUAUUUUAUGGCUUCUCUUUGCAUAUCUGAAUUUCCAGCGUCUCUACUCUUGUGCUUUUGGGUCAUUAUUAAGUAAAAUAAGGCAUUCUUGAGCACAGGCAACUGCUAUACUACAGUAGUCAACCUGAUAACUGAGAUGGCUAGCUACUAAGGAACUAGUGGGCAGGUAUUGUCUGCAGUGUGGAUAUGCUAGUCAAAGGGAUGAUUCACAUCCUGGGCAGGCCAGAGAGAAAAGGUACAAGAUUUCAUCACACUACUCAGAAUGUCAAGCAAUUUAAAACUUAGGAAUUGUUUAUCUCUGGAUUUUUUUUUGAGACGGAGUCUCGCUCUAUGUCCCAGGCUGGAGUGCAGUGGUGCAGUCUUGGCUCAUGGCAACGUCCGCCUCCAGGGUUCAAGUGAUUCUCCUGCCUCAGCCUCCUGAGUUGCUGGGAUUACAGAUGUGUGCCACUAUGCCCAGCUAUUUUCUUUUUGUAUUUUUAGUAGAGACAGGGUUUCACCAUGUUGACCAGGCUGAUCUCGAACUCCUGACCUCAGAUGAUCUGCCUACCUCAGCCUCCCAAAAUGCUGGGAUUACAGGUGUGAGCCACUGUGCCUGUCCUCUGGAAUUUUUCGUUUAAUAUUUUUGAACCAUGGUUGACCAUGGGUAACUGAAGCAUUGGAAAGCAAAACCAUGAUAAAGGGGAACUACUACAUGUAUUGAAAAUCCAGAUCACAGAAUUGUGUGUGUGUGUGUGUGUGUGUGUGUAUAAUUUUGGUCAUGGAAGAGAUCUUAGAGAGUGUCUCCUUUAUUCUCACAUUUCUGAUGAAACCAAGUCAGAAAGAAUAAAGAGACUCACUCGAGGUGAUCUGUGACAGAUCCUAGCCUGGUUACCCCAGCUACAUGAUUUCCAAUGGUACUGAGUCUAACAUUAACAUUAGGUUUAAACAUUAACUUUUGUAGAUCAAGAAUGUCCACUUGUCCUUGGAAAAUUAUUUAGCAUCUCUGCAUUAGGUCCUUAAGACAGGGCCAGUAAUUGUUACCUCAUUGCUGAGAGCAUCCAGUGGCACACUGUAGGGGUUUAGUAACUGCUGGCAUUCCCUGACCAAAUAAGGAAGCUGUUUCUUACCCUCCCUCUUGCUGAUAUGUUUUGUUUUUCUCUGACCUCAGGUUUCUAGAAGCAGGGUAGAACAGAGGGCAGACACCUAGCCCAGGCUGGUGUUGUUACUAAACAAUGGCAGCUGGUGAGCCAAGGGUGACCAGGGCCCUGAACUCUGUGGCCCAGCUUUGAGGGAAGCAAAAUUGUUCUCAACUGUGGAAGAGGAGAAUUUGGACAGCAGAACAAAAAAGGAAGACAGCCUCUUGGAGCAGAUACAUUUGUCACAGGAAGCCACAUCAAACCCUGGGGCCUUUGCUGGGCCUCUCCAUCUGCCCAGUUACUGGGAGGUAGAUAGCCCCAGGAAGGAAUCCAGUCAGGCCUGGGCACCAGGCCAAGAGUGGAUAAAGCUAGAAAGAGACACCACAAAAGAGAAGAUGUUUGAACAGCUGAAGCCAAUCGAACCUGUACAGAAGACGCUCCCAUGGGUGGGCGAGGUAGCUGCCACCCUGCAGGAAGCCAUGAAGAGAGAUUGCUGGAGGGAGGCACGGGUGAAGAAGGUCAAAUGAAAUCUCAGAUUGUUCCAGACUGAACGACAUCCAGAAAAAGGAGCUGCAAGACCUUUCUCCAUCUCCCGCACCAUCCUGGCAUCCUUCAUGGAGUACUUCCUGAAAUUUUUCAGAGUGGCAGCAUUUUUUCCUUCGCUUUGCUUUCCUGUUUAUAUUCUGCAUAUCUGCAUAUCCUCUUUCCUCUCCCCCACAUCUUAUCUUUCUCCCUUUCUCUUCAUCUUUCCUUUCCUUUUUUUUUUUUUUUGAGACGGAGUCUCGCUGUGUCACCCAGGCUGGAGUGCAGUGGCGCGAUCUUGGCUCACUGCUACCUCUGCCUCCCGGGCUCAAGCAAUUCUCCUGCCUCAGCCUCCUGAGUAGCUGGGAUUACAGGCAUGCACCACCAUGCCCAGCUAAUUUUUGUGUUUUUAGCAGAGACCAGGUUUCACCAUAUUGGUCAGGCUGGUCUCGAACUCCUGACCUCGUGAUCUGCCUGCCUCAGCCUCCCAAAGUGCUGGGAUUACAGGCGUGAGCCACCGCGUCCGGCCUCCUUUCCUUUCUAUACUUCACAGUUGCUGGCCUUGUGUCUGUCUUUUAAUAUUUCUCUCUUCCUUCCAUGGUUUUAUCUUUCUCUUAGGUUUUAAUUCUCUGAAUCUUGAGACUGGAUGUUAAUCUUGUACACACACACACACACAUAUAUUUAUAUAAACUUCUUGAGUCUCUCCUGUUCUUCCAGAAGCCAGUCACCUUUGAGGAUGUGGCAGUGAAUUUCACCCAGGAAGAGUGGGACUGUCUAGAUGCCAGCCAGAGGGUCCUUUACCAGGAUGUUAUGUCGGAAACCUUUAAGAAUCUAAUAUCUGUGGCCAGAAUCUUUCUGCAUAAGCCAGAGCUAAUCACCAAGCUUGAGCAAGAAGAGGAACAGUGGAGAGAGUUUGUCCAUCUCCCAAACACAGAAGGCCUUUCAGAAGGCAAGAAGAAAGAGCUUCGAGAACAACAUCCCAGUCUGAGAGAUGAGGGGACUAGUGAUGACAAGGUCUUCCUUGCACGCAGAGGGGCCGGCCAGUGCCCCCUAUCUGCCCCAGCUGGGUCUAUGGACAGGACCCGGGUGCUUCAAGCAUCCCAGGCUGGGCCACCCUUUUUUUGCCACACCUGUGGCAAAUGUUUCAGCAGGCGCUCCUACCUCUAUAGCCACCAGUUUGUUCACAAUCCCAAGCUGACUAACAGCUGCAGUCAGUGUGGGAAGUUGUUUCGGAGCCCCAAGUCCCUCAGCUAUCACAGACGCAUGCAUCUUGGGGAGAGGCCCUUCUGUUGCACGCUCUGUGACAAGACCUACUGUGAUGCUUCUGGACUAAGUCGUCACCGCCGCGUCCAUCUGGGUUACCGGCCCCAUUCAUGCUCUGUGUGUGGGAAGAGCUUCCGGGACCAGUCUGAGCUCAAACGCCACCAGAAGAUACACCAAAACCAGGAGCCAGUGGAUGGAAACCAGGAGUGUACUUUGAGGAUUCCAGGCACCCAGGCUGAAUUCCAGACACCCAUCUCCAGAAGCCAGAGGUCCAUCCAGGGGCUUUUGGAUGUGAACCAUGCACCAGUGGCCAGGUCCCAGGAACCCAUAUUUAGAACUGAGGGUCCUAUGGCCCAGAACCAGCCAUCUGUACUUAAGAACCAAGCACCUGUGACCAGGACCCAGGCACCCAUCACUGGAACCCUCUGUCAGGACGCCAGAUCCAACUCUCAUCCAGUGAAGCCCUCAAGACUCAAUGUCUUCUGUUGCCCCCAUUGUCCUUUGACUUUUAGCAAGAAAUCCUAUCUCUCCAGACACCAGAAGGCCCACCUCACAGAGCCGCCCAACUACUGCUUCCAUUGCAAUAAGUCUUUCAGCUCAUUUUCCAGGCUGGUCAGACACCAGCAGACCCACUGGAAGCAGAAGAGCUACCUUUGCCCUAUCUGUGACCUCUCCUUUGGGGAGAAAGAGGGCCUUAUGGAUCACUGGAGGGGCUAUAAAGGCAAGGAACUGUGCCAGAGCAGCCACCAUAAAUGCCGGGUGAUCCUGGGCCAGUGGCUUGGCUUCUCUCAUGAUGUCCCCACUAUGGCUGGGGAGGAAUGGAAGCAUGGAGGUGAUCAAUCUCCCCCCAGGAUCCAUACCCCCAGGAGAAGAGGCCUAAGAGAGAAGGCCUGCAAAGGAGACAAAACAAAGGAGGCAGUGAGCAUCUUGAAACAUAAAUAAAUGGCCUUUCUGACUGA